CUCUCGACGAUCAGCGCCCGCGACCUCUCCAUCCUCAAGAAUUCGGAGAUCAUCGCGAUCAACCAGGACCCGGUCGUCGGCAAGGCCGUCCAGCCCUUCCGCUGGGGCGGGAACCGCCCCUUCUGGACGUUCAACGCCGCGAACCCGGCGCAGUUCUGGAGCGGGCAGACGCAGAACGGCACGAUCAACACCGGGACCGCGGCGGCGAACAUGGCGUUCUCGUUCUACGAGGUGCCCUCGCUGCGCCUCGGCCGGCAGUACUCGGUCCGCGACCUGUGGACGCACACGAACAACGGGACGGCCGUGCGGAGCUUCACCGCGCGCGCGGUCCCCGCGCACGGCGUCGUCGCGCUCCUCCUGCAGGACGCGGGGGACGAGCCCGCGAACUCGGGCCCGGCGUGUGCGGACCCGGCGGUGACGACGCAGUGCAGUGCAGGGCCAAACUGA